AUGGAGUCCGCCAUUCGCUGGUCGCCGUCCUCGUCGGCCGCAGAGCAGCGGUUUCUGUCCGUCGACGUCACGGGCAAGUCGUUUCGACUGUGCAAGGUCACCGGCUUCAAUGGGAGAACAUUGCGGCACGAGGUGCUGUCGACGCUGACCGACGUCCCGCUCUUCCGCGCAUUCGACUGGUCGACCUCCAAUGAACACCUGAUCGCCGUCGGACAGUCCUCCGGAGAAGCGACUAUUCUGCGUCUGGAUGGCAAUUCCAAGGAGUCUCUCUCGUUUCCCGUUCGCAACCAGCGCUACUGCAAUGCCGUCGCGUUCAGCACGCACGGUCUGGUCGCGUCGGGACUCGACCGCGUCCGCAACGACUUUUGUCUGAAUAUCUGGGAUGUGAACCAGCGACUCAGUCUGACUGGUGGGAGUAAAGGGUUUGCCGAGCCUCUGCGGAAAUUGGCCAGCUCGGAGCCGAUUACCAGCAUCAAGUUCUUCAGGGAUCAGCCGGAUACCUUGGUAACCGGUGUCAAGGGCCAAUUUGCACCGGGAAACCCAUCUCUCCAAUUUCCCACACGCUGCGUACACAAUCUGGCCAUUGACUGGCUCGAUGAGAACUACAUCGCGUCCUGUGCCACGUCCAACGAAAGCACCAUCUGCGUCUGGGAUCGACGCGUGGGAACCCGCCUGGCGUCGCCGUCCAUUGGUCCUUCCUCCAGCAGCCCGGAGACGGGCCAAGCCGCGGCGGCGUUGCAAUUCAAGAACGUGUUCAACGCCAAAUCGUCAAUCUGGAGCUUGCGCUUCUCCAAGUCCAACCGAGGCUGUCUUGGUGCUCUCGCGAGCAAUGGGCAUUUCAAGACCUACGAUAUCGCCAAGGAUUACUUGUCUGAGGAGGUCCGUUCUUCGAUUGAUGAGACAUUAGGCCAAGGUUCCUUCAGGAACUACCCGGAGCCGGUGUACACCAAAUUCGUGCGAGAUGUUUGCUCUCCAUUCGACCAUCCCUCCCGUGGAUGCGAAGAAAAGGAAAGAGUCGUGUCGUUUGAUUUCCUGAACCUUAACAUCUCCCCGCAGCCGAGUGCCAUUGCAUUGGACGGGAACGGACAAGCACAGAUUCUGACACUCCGGCCGCCAUGUGCGCCUGUCGACCUAUCAUCACAAGGUGCCUUGGCCUGUGGCGUUUCAUCUGAUGAGUCCGAUGUUCGAACCAUCCAUCCUCUAUCCGAACACAUUUCUCCCGUCUCCCAGCUGGUUCAAAAUAUCAAAUCACGAGUUCUUUCCAGCCCAAAGAUGUAUAGGACAGACCAGUCAUCUACAUCGAGAGUGAUCGUGUCAGAUCCUAUUCCCAGUCGUGAAAGUAGAGAACGCGCGAUAUCAUUAGGGACCCUUGGGACUCUUUUAACUGCGAAGGAGGCUCUCACUCUGUCUACUCUUGCACGCUUCCGAUGCAAAGAGGGGUAUCUUUUUGACGAGGAACACAACCAACAAAUUCUGGCGGAUGAUCCGGCUCUACAGGACUUUUGGGAUUGGGUCGAGCACUCGUCCGGAAUGUCCAUGGUUGUCAAUGGCCUGGAUCUGAAUUAUCUUGGUGUGCACAAUGUAUGGAACAACGACCUAGGUACGUAUUGCUUUGCUACAGAGUAUGAUGACACCGGGCUGAUAAGAACAGGCCGAGGCUUUGAGAAACGGCGCAUCAGCACCAAGGCUGACGACCCGACAAGUGUAACCGAGGCCGUGGUGUCACUAGUUGGACAGUUGAAUCUCUCGGAACAAAAGGGCUGUCAGACCGCAUACCCAGAACACCGUCGGCUCUGUCUCCGUCUGUGCGGCGCGACUCAAUCACACCGUGAAUUGGAAGAACUGGUGAAGAACCUCUCCGCCGACAACCAGCAUACUAAAGCAGCGGCACUAGCUGUCUUCCAGGACGAGCCCAAGCUUGCAUACCAAGGCCUUCGCAGCCACGAGCCCACCCAAGCUCAUAAGCUGCUCGCGAUGGCGAUUGCGGGUGCUGCGAAGGGAGAGAAUGAUGCGGACUGGGAAGAAACAUGCGCGGAGAUUGCCAAGGAGCUCACAGACCCGUAUUCAAGAGCGAUCCUGGCUCUGGUGAGCAAAGGCGACUGGAACGCAGUCAUCAAGGAGACCACUCUGCCCUUGAAAUACCGUGUGGAAGUGGCACUCCGCUGGCUCCCCGACGACGAGCUCACCGCGUAUCUCAAAGACGCCACGGCCGAAGCAAUCCACCACGGCGACAUUGAGGGCACAGUGCUCACUGGUCUUGGUCAUCUCGCCAUGGGUCUGUUCCAGUCAUACAUCGACAAAUUCAAUGACGUCCAAACCCCGGUGCUAGCCAUGAGCCACACCGUGCCGCGACUAGUCAGCAACCGCGCUAGCAUCGCACAAUUCGAAGCCUGGCGCGAGACAUACCGCCGACAGAUGAACUCCUGGAAACUCCAGCUCGAGCGCGCCCGGUUCGACGUCGGCUCUCGCAACUUUGCCAUCACCGUCGACGGCCGCAAGUUGGUCCCUGCCCCGCCGCAGCAAGUCAGCCUCACCUGCAACUACUGCACGCGCCCGCUAACCCAGCACGACGCCUCCUCGGAGCUCUCACCCUCCACGGCCGAAACGGUUCAUCAGACGGCGGGCAAUCCGCUCGGCGGAUCUUCGACCAUGUCGGGGACGGUCUGUCCGCGCUGCGGGAGACAUAUGCCGCGGUGUGGCGUGUGCACGCUCUGGCUGGGCGCGCCGGACCCGAUGUCUCGCGCGGGUAUUGCGGCGGAUGCGGAUGCUAAGCCCAAUCAUUCGCGCAAGGUCAGCGAGGAUCAGGUUAUGCGGAGGUUUGUGGUGUUCUGCAUCCAUUGCAACCAUGGGUUCCACGCGCAUCAUGCUCGAGACUGGUUUCAGCGGCAUAAGGUGUGUCCGGUGGCGGAGUGCAGUUGUAUCUGCGAUCGAUGA